AUGAAGAUGCUGCUGGUGAAUGGGUUGCAUGCCCAGCAGGCCAUUAUGACCUCCCUCCCCAGAAGCUGGCCUGCCCCUCCCCAAGGGGCAGGCUCUGUGCUGCAGGUCACUGCUGUUCUUCCUUUGCUUCCAUCCCAGAAAAAAGCUCCCCCUGUGGGGAGCCCACCAGCCCUGGACUGGUGGGAUUUCCAGGCCCCAGCAGGCCUGCGUGUGCCUCCCCUCCCUGGCCCCAAAUUCACUAGCAGUUCAGAACCACAAGAGCAUUUGCAAAUUCUCGCCUCAGUAGUCAGGCUCUGGUCCCCUCCUCAGGAUAGACCAGCAGGCAGGACCGACCACUUGAGUGGCCCACCCCGCUCUCUGAAGGCCCUAGCUGGGGAGAAAGGGGACCGUCCCUGCCUACCCCUUGAUACUCUUCCCCCUCUCCCUGGGCUGCGGAGGUUCUCCAGAAAUUCCCCAGCACCGGCCGGGGAUGUCCCGAUCCAGGAGUACCCUGCUCUGUCUUUGCUCCAAAUCCAGCCUUGUCGACUGACCAGGGUCCCCAGACCUUCCAAAUGUUCCUCACCUCCUCGUAGCUCUCCCAACACUAAAUCGCAAUUUUCCACUUCGGGAACGACAUCUCAGGCUCUGCCCAGCCUCCAUGGGAAUCAGCCCAAGAUCUUCCCUGGUGAGAUCGCAUUGUCCUUCCCAGCCCCUCGGCACUGGGGUUACUUUUCAGACAACACCAGUGGUCCCUCAGGAACAGGCCGUUGGCCCAGCAGGAUGCAGCUAAGACAUGAAGAAGUGGUCCUUCCUCCCUCGAGCAACUCAUUGGCAGAGAUGAACUGCCCAUCAAGGACUCCGCUCUGGCCACCUGUCCUCGGUGAGGCAGGAGACAUUGUAAAGAGCAUGGCCUGGAGUGGAAAGGGGCCCUUUAUAGAAAGUAUGCCCUUCCAGUGGGAACCAGAAGAGAGUGUCCCUCAUGUGGACAACUUGAACAUGACUAAAAGUGACAUCCAGGCCUCUGGACCGAAGAAAGGAGGCAACGCUCUGGCCAAACCCAGCCAAAUUCACUUUGGCAAGGCUCGACCCAGUGGACCUGGGGGUGGAAGUGGCAGUAAUACUGCAAAGCUUUCUCUAUCAGAGGUCCAAGGGAUUGCCAUCAAGCCUCAAACCAUCAGCAAGGUGGUCCUGGCCACUGUCAAGAGAUCCCGAUCCCGGGCCAGCAAAGUCACAUCUCAAGGACGAUCCAAGCAGCUGGGAAUAAGGGUGGGGCCCAGCUCUCAAGACACAGUGAUAAGAAUCUCAUCACUACCUCCUGAGACAGCCCUUCUCACUUAUGGAUGGCUCUAA